CUGUACCAGAAGGUGGCCAACAGCCGCAUGACUCAGUUCCUGCUGAAGUCCGAGGAGCUGGCGAGGCGGCAGCAGGAGGAGGAGAUCCGCAGGCACUCCGCGCCGCUGCACGCAGAGGACAAGGGACUCUGGAAGAAGAUGCCGCUCAUUCCUGCUCCCUUUGGCACCGGCAAGCUGGUGCGGCUGGGUCUUGCAGGCAACAAGGAGAAGGCGUCCAACGUGUUUCUCGAUUUCUUCAAGACCUUCCACUUCGGCCUGUGGGGCUACCAGCAGCGCCCCUACCCCGCGGAGAAGCCCUUCGACAUCCAGCAAGUCGUGGGCAGCAAGUUCCUCGAGAAGAGAUACCUCGACUUCACCCUGCGUGGCAGCACGUGGUACUACAAGGACAGGCUGGGGCGCACCCGAGGUCCCUGUGAGGUGAUCAACCUGCGCACAGCGUGGGCGGCGGGGAUCAUCGACGGCAACACCUUUGUGUGGGGCGACGACAUGGACGAGUUUGCACCGAUUGACGCAGUGUACGGGCUCAAGCAAGCGAUCGAUACUCCUGAUGUCCGCCUGGCCCACAGCAGGAACAGCCAUGCUGCACCGCAUCGGGCGGGGCAUGAACCCUCUCAAAGUCAAAAAGGGCUUUGAGGGGGCAAAGAGAUCCCUCGAGGAGCGGCAGGAGGAGGCAGUGGCGGAGAAGGAGGUUGAGCGCACCGUGCUGCGCAACCACGGGGGCGCGUGGCCGGGCAACCAGGCACCCGCGCACGCGCUCUUCCUGUGGGCCAGUGGUGGAGAGCUCACUAAAGUGCUCGACCAGAAGCCCAAGAGGUUUCCCAGCAAGUUCAUCUCCUACGAGCAGAGGAAGAAGCUGGCGCAGCGCAUCCCUGGCCUGCGCCCGUGGGAGGUGCUGGAGGUGGAGCAGCUCUUCAACUUCCUCACCUUCCGCGACGACUUCUGGCGCAGCAAGCUUGGCACCUUUGCCACUCCCCCCGAGAAUUCCGAGGCUUAUGAUGAGGAGAUGAUGGAGGAAUGGGGAGAGAUUAAGGAUGCCCUAUCAGGGGCUUUUCCUGAGCUGACCAGGUGAUGAUGCAUGCAUGCUAUCUGAUGGACAACCUCUGUAUUUGGGCCUUGGAAGGUACUAAAACUAGUCAUACAGGGGUUGAUCAGUGCCCAUACGUGUUUUUCCUUGAUAUAAUGGUAUUACUGUGGAAUCAUGGUUGGUUUUUCUUUAUUCAACAAGGCUGUUUUUGGGAAGGUGGACUAGCAAGGUGCAUAACACAUGAUUGGCGCCAUUUGUAUUCUUGCUGUGGAAGU